AUGGGGCCGCCGGUGCCCGCCGCGCUGGGCGCCCUGCUGCUGCUGGGUGCCCUCGGAGUGACCCACGGUGCCAGGGGCCUGGCCGAGACCACGUUCCCUGAGGACACGGUGGCCGACCGCGUCGGCGGCGCGCGGGGGCGGCGGUACUACGCCCAGCUCUCCGAUGACGAGGACCUGCUGGCAGACGAGGCGUCCGGGGAUGGCAGCGGGGAGUACGGCAGCGGUGACAUCCUGCUGGUGGCCAGGGGCACCCCGGCGCCCGGCGUCGGGCUGGCACCCACCGCGCCCGUGCCCCCGCCGGUGGGCAUGGUGGUGGCCGAGCCCGAGGAUGACCCCCCGCUGAUUUAUUUCCGGGCGCUGGUGAACUUCACCCACAGCAUCGACUACAGCCCUCGGCUGGAGGAUGCCAACUCGGAGGAGUUUCGGGAGGUCUCGGAGGCCGUGGUGGAUACUCUGGAGUCAGAGUAUUACAAGAUCCCCGGGGACCAAAUGGUCAACGUGGUGUUCAUCAAGGAGCUGGAGGGCAGCGUCUUCGUGGAGCUGGACGUGGGCUCGGAGGGCAACGGGGACGAGGCGCAGAUCGGGGCCGUGCUGCGGGACGUGGUGGCUGCCGGCUCCAUCGCCUCCUUCGUCACCUCGCCCGUCGGCUUCCAGUUCCGGCGCCUGGGGGCUGUGACGCCUCACCUGCGCCCCUGCACCGCCCUGGAGUUCUCCUGCGGCAGCGGCGAGUGCAUCGCCCACGAGUACCGCUGCGACCGUCGCCCCGACUGCCACGAUGCCUCGGAUGAGCAGGGCUGCGGUGAGCCCCCCCCGGCCACCUCCCCGGCACGCCCCGCGCCCCCCAGCACGGCCCGGCCCGCCACCACCCGCCCGCUGGUCACCGUCCCCGCCACCACCCGCCGCCCCCCGCCACCCAAAGCCGGGUGCCGGCCGGCCGAGGCCACCUGCGCGGACGGGCGCUGCGUGCCCCGCGACUACCUCUGUGACGGCGAGCGCGACUGCGCCGAUGGCAGCGACGAGGAGGACUGCGGCACCCCGUCGCCCUGCGAGCCCAACGAGUUCAAGUGCCGCAACGGGCACUGCGCCCUGAAGCUGUGGCGCUGCGACGGGGACAACGACUGCGGGGACGGCUCAGAUGAGACCGACUGCCCCACCAAGGCACCCGGCGCGGCGUGCGGGCCGGACCAGUUCAGCUGCGUGGCCAGCGGGACCUGCAUCCCUGCCAGCUACCACUGCGACGAGGAGCCCGACUGCCCCGACCGCUCCGACGAGGUUGGCUGCAUGCCGCCGCAGGUGGUGACGCCGCCGCGGGAGUCGGUGCAGGCGGUGCCGGGGCAGACGGUGAGCUUCACCUGCGCCGCCACCGGCGUGCCCACCCCCAUCAUCACCUGGCGCCUCAACUGGGGGAACAUCCCCCCCAGCCGCAGGGUGUCCAUCGUGAGCGAGGGCGGGCAGGGCACGCUGACCAUCCGGGACGUGAAGGAGGCCGACCAGGGCGCCUACACCUGCGAGGCCAUCAACACCCGCGGCAUGGUCUUCGGCAUCCCCGACAGCGUCCUCACCGUCACCCCCCGCCCCGGUCCCUGCCCCGAGGGCCACUUCCAGGUGACGGGCACAUCCCGCUGCCUGCCCUGCUUCUGCUUCGGCGUCACCACCGCCUGCCGUGCCACUGCCCGCCACCGCCACCGCCUGCAUCUGCGCUUCGACCGCCCCGAUGACUUCAAGGGUGUCAACGUGACGGUGCCAUCAACUCCGUCCCUGCCGGCGCUUGCAGCCACCCAGCUGCACGUGGACGUGGCCACCGAGGAGUUCCAGCUCCUGGACCUGUCCCGGCGCUUCCUGGCUCUCGACGCUUUCUGGGCACUGCCGGCCCCCUUCCUGGGUGACAAGGUGGACGCUUAUGGCGGGGCGCUGAGCUAUGGCGUGCGCUACCGACUGGGCCGGGGGCCCCCCGAGCCAGCCCCCCGCCCUGACGUGCUGCUGCGGGGCCGGGGCCGCCAGCUCCAGGCGCGCGCUGGGGACACCCAGCCCGACGUCCUCAACCGCCGCCGCAUCCCCUUCACCGAGGACAACUGGGAGGACGAGACGGGCGCCCCGGUGAGCCGGGAGCUGCUGCUGAUGGUGCUGCAGGAGCUGGAGGGCAUCUUGGUGCGGGCGGUGUAUGACGGGCGCAUGGCCAGCGUGGGGCUCAGCGACGUGGCCAUGGAUAUCACCAGUCCUGGGGACACCAGCUUGGCACCUGCCGGGGACGUCGAGGAGUGCAGGUGCCCCGUGGGCUACACAGGGCUGUCGUGCCAGCGGUGCGCCGCCAAUUUCGAGCGGGUGCCGCAGGGACCCUACCUGGGGACCUGCUCGGGCUGCAGCUGCCACGGCCACUCCAGCACCUGCGACCAGGUCUUUGGGCACUGCCUGAACUGCCAGCACAACACAGAGGGUCCCCAGUGUGAGAAGUGCAAACCUGGCUUCUUUGGCGACGCCACGCAGGGCACGGCCACCGCCUGCCGCCCCUGCCCCUGCCCCUACACCGAGCCAGCCCGCAGGUUCUCCGAGUCGUGCUUCCUGGACACGGAUGGCCAGGCCACCUGCGAUGCCUGCGCCCCCGGCUAUGCUGGCCGCCGCUGCGAGAGGUGCGCCCCAGGCUAUGAGGGAGACCCCAUCCAGCCAGGUGGCAAGUGCACCCGCAUCGGCCAGGAGCUCGUCAAGUGCGAUGCACGCGGGGGCAAGGACGCGGUGGGUGGCACGUGCCGCUGCAAGCCCAACGUGACGGGGCGGCAGUGUGAUGAGUGCGCGGCUGGGACCUUCCACCUGAGCGACGCCAACCCCGAUGGCUGCCUCAAGUGCUUCUGCAUGGGCGUCUCGCGGCAGUGCGCCAGCUCCUCCUGGAGCCGUGACCAGGUCCGUGUCACUGCUGAGGAGGUGUCGCCACUGCACCUGACCAACCUGGCAGGCACGGGGACGAUGAUCAAAGGCUCACGCUUCGCUGCCCCACGGGAGCUCGUCUUCUCCGACUUCUACACACUGCCCCGUGAUGUCUACUUCUGGGUUCUGCCCACAUCCUUCACCGGAGACAAGGUGACAUCGUAUGGGGGCGAGCUGCAGUACACGGUGACGCACCAUGCGCCAGCAGAUGCCCAGCCGCUGCAGCGCCAGCCUGACGUCCUGCUGCAAGGCAACGGCAUCUUCCUGGAGCACUUCUCUGAUGCCACCCCUGCGCCCGGUGUCCCCACCACCGUCACCGUGCCCUUCCGCGAGCACGCUUGGCGCCGGGCGGACGGGCGCGAUGCCACCCGGGAGCACCUCCUGAUGGCCCUGGCCGACAUCGAUGUCCUCAUGAUCCGCGCAUCCUACACAGACCAACCGAUGGAGAGCAGGCUCGCUGAUGUCCGCCUGGACGUGGCCGUGCCCCACGCCACCGGCCGGCCACCGGCGCUGGAGGUGGAGGACUGUGCCUGCCCCCCCGGCUACCGUGGCCCCUCCUGCCAGGACUGCGACGUGGGCUACACCCGCAGCACCAGCGGGCUCUACCUGGGCACCUGCGAGCGCUGCCAGUGCCAUGGGCAUGCCGACGAGUGCCAUCCUGAGACAGGCGAGUGCCAGGGCUGCCGGGACCACACGGAGGGCACACAGUGUGACAAGUGCCAGCCUGGCUACUACGGCGAUGCCACCCAUGGCACCCCGGGCGACUGCCGGCCCUGCCCCUGCCAAGGGCCCCACACCGACACCCAGAGCUGCUUCGAGGACACGGACGGGCAGCCCACGUGCAGCGCCUGUGCCCCGGGACACAGCGGGCGCCUCUGCGAGAGGUGCUCACCUGGCUACGUGGGGGACCCGCUGCGGGGAGAGCCGUGCCGAGAGCCAGGGGCCACCGGUGACCAGUGCCAGUGCAACCUGCAGGGCAGCAUCGGCGAGCAGUGUGACGCCAGCGGGCUGUGCCAGUGCAAGGCCAACGUGGAGGGUCCCCACUGCGCGACCUGCCGCCCCCACCACUUCCACCUGAGCGCCGUAAACCCAGCGGGCUGCCUGCCCUGCUUCUGCAUGGGCAUCGUCCAGCACUGCGCCAGCACCUCCUACUCCCGCGACACGGUCCGGACGCCCUUCGGCCCCGGGAGCUGGCAGGGCUUCGCGCUGGUGAACCGGCAGCGCAGCACCCGCGUGGCCACCGGCUUCAGUGUAGAGAUGGGCACCGCGGGGCCACAGCUCACCUACGGGCGCUUCGGGGAGCUGUCCCCUGAGUCCUACUACUGGCAGCUGCCCCAGCCCUACCAGGGGGACAAGGUGGGCUCCUACGGUGGGAGGCUCCGCUACACCCUCACCUACACCCCAGGGGGCCGGGGGGCCCCUCUGCCCGACGCCGACAUCCAGAUCACGGGCAACGACAUCACGCUGGUGGCAUACCAGCCCGACCUGCCCCCCGGCACACCGCACGCCUUUGAGAUCGUUUUUCGGGAGCAAUACUGGCAGCGGCCAGAUGGGCAGCCGGCCACGCGGGAGCAUCUCCUGAUGGCGCUGGCCGACCUGGACGAGAUCCUGAUCCGCGCCACCUACUCGACCAGCAUGGCCGCAUCCAGCAUCGCCGGUGUCAGCAUGGACGUGGCCGUGCCCCCCCGGCCUGGCCUCCCCCCGGCGCUGGAGGUGGAGGAGUGCCGCUGCCCCCCCGGCUACCGUGGCCUCUCCUGCCAGGACUGUGCCCCUGGCUACACGCGCACCGGGGGGGGGCUGUACCUGGGGCACUGCGAGCUCUGUGAGUGCAACGGCCACUCGGAGACCUGCCACCCCGAGAGCGGCCUCUGCUCCGGCUGCUUGCACAACACAGCGGGGGACUUCUGUGACCAGUGCGCGCCCGGCUUCUACGGGGAUGCCACCGCCGGCACCCCUGAGGACUGCCAGCCCUGCGCCUGCCCCCUUGUGCACCCUGAAAACCAGUUCUCGCGGACCUGCGAGAGUUUGGGAGGCGGCGGGUACCGCUGCACCGCCUGCGCGCCAGGCUAUGCCGGGCAGUACUGCGAGCGGUGUGCUCCUGGCUACGUGGGGGACCCCAGCGUGCGGGGCCAGACAUGCGUGCCGCAGGGCUCGCCGCCCCCUCUCGUGGUGCGCGUGCACCCGCCACGCACAGCGGUGCCGCAGGGCAGCCCGGUGACGCUGCGCUGCCAGGCCAGCGGGAACCCCCCCUUCUACUACCACUGGUCGCGGGAGGACGGGCGGCCCCUGCCCAGCAGCGCCCAGAGCCAGCGGCAAGGCGAGGAGCUGCACUUCGCCAGCAUCCAGCCCGCCGAGGCCGGCGUCUAUGUGUGCUCCUGCCGCAACCUGCAGCACAGCAACACCAGCCGGGCCGAAGUCAUCGUCACCGAGACACCCACCAAGCCCAUCACUGUCACCGUGGAGGAGAAGAGGGUGCAGCGGGUGAAGCCCGGGGCCGAUGUCACCUUCAUCUGUACAGCCAAGAGCAAGUCACCCGCCUACACCCUGGUGUGGACACGCCAGAACCAUGGGACGCUGCCGUCGCGCGCCAUGGACUUCAACGGCAUCCUGACCAUCCGCAACGUGCAGCCUGAGGACGCCGGCGUCUACGUCUGCACCGGCUCCAACAUGCUGGACAUGGACGAGGGCACGGCCACACUCUACGUCCAGGCCCCUUCGAAGACCCAGAUGUUUUAUGGACCUGUUGAGUUUAUGGAGGGGCACAGACCCGCCGCCACCGCCACCGCCCCCACCGCCACCGUGGAGCCGGCGCAGCUGAGCGUGGCACCGGGGCAGCCGGCCGAAUUCCGCUGCGUGGCCACCGGCAGCCCUGCGCCCACCCUCGAGUGGCUCGGCGCGCUGCCACCACGGGCAGUCGCCCACGGUGGGAUUCUGCGGUUCGGCGCCGUCGAGCCAUCCGACCAGGGGCACUACAUGUGCCGCGCGCGCAGCAGCGCCGGCCAGCACACGGCGCGGGGUUUCCUCCAUGUGCAAGGCGCUGGUGAGCCCCAGGUGCAGGUGAGCCCAGAGCGGACGGAGGUGCAGGAGGGCUCCACAGUGCGGCUGUACUGCCGGGUGUCGGGGUCACCCACUGCCACCAUCUCCUGGGAGAAGCAGGGGGGCUCCCUGCCACCACAGUCCCGCUCUGAGCGCACCGACAUCGCCACGCUGCUCAUUCCCUCCAUCACGGUGGCCGAUGGUGGCAUCUACCUCUGCGUGGGCACCAGCGCCGCCGGCACAGCCCGCGCCAGCAUCGAGGUGGUGGUGGUGCCAGGGGCCGUGCCGCCCGUCCGCAUCGAGUCCUCGUCCCCCUCUGUCACCGAGGGACAGACCCUGGACCUCAACUGCGUGGUGGCAGGAUCAGGCCACGUCACCGUCACCUGGUACAAGCGCGGCGGCUCCCUGCCCGCCGGCCACCAGGUGUCGGGGUCCCGUCUUCGCGUCCCCCACAUCACGGCGGCUGAUUCGGGCGAGUACGUGUGCCGGGUGAACUUGGGAGCCACCGUCCGGGAGGCGUCUGUCAUCGUCACCGUUGUGUCCAGCUCCGGGCUGUCCUACGGGCCACCAGGCUCGGGUGGCACAGCCCCCGUCAGGAUCGAGGCGUCCUCCUCCACCGUGGCCGAGGGACAGACCCUGGACCUCAACUGUGUCAUUGCUAGCCCCGCGCAGGCCACCGUCACCUGGUACAAGCGCGGCGGGUCCCUGCCAGCCAGGCACCAGGUGUCCGGCUCCCGGCUGCGGCUGCUGCAGGUGACGGCAGCUGACUCGGGCGAGUACGUGUGCCGGGUGAGCAGCGGGGCCACCACCAAGGAAGCCACUGUCGUGGUGACGAUCCAGCCCAGCAGGGCUGGCUCCUACCCCCCAGGUGGCACAAUGCCACUGCACAUCGAGUCCUCGUCCUCCACCGUGACUGAGGGACAGACCCUGGACCUCAACUGUGUCAUCGCCAGCCCUGCGCAGGCCACUGUCACCUGGUACAAGCGCAGCGGGUCCCUGCCAGCCAGGCACCAGGUGUCCGGCUCCCGGCUGCGGCUGCUGCAGGUGACAGCAGCCGACUCAGGCGAGUACGUGUGCCGGGUGAGCAGCGGGGCCACCACCAAGGAAGCCACCAUUGUGGUGAAGAUCCAGCCCAGCACGGCCGGCUCCUACCCCCUGGGCGGAACAACGCCCCUGCGCAUCGAGUCCUCGUCUUCCACCGUGGCCGAGGGACAAACCCUGGACCUCAACUGUGUCAUCGCCAGCCCCGCGCAGGCCACUGUCACCUGGUACAAGCGCGGCGGGUCUCUGCCAUCCAGGCACCAGGUGUCCGGCUCCCGGCUGCGGCUGCUGCAGGUGACAGCAGCCGACUCAGGCGAGUACGUGUGCCGGGUGAGCAGCGGGGCCACCACCAAGGAAGCCACCAUUGUGGUGAAGAUCCAGCCCAGCACGGCCGGCUCCUACCCCUCUGGUGUCACCCCCCCGGUGCGCAUCGAGUCCUCCUCCUCCUCUGUGGCCGAGGGACAGACCCUGGACCUCGACUGCAUCGUGGCCGGCCAGGGCCAGGCCACCAUCACGUGGUACAAGCGCGAGGGGUCCCUGCCCGCCAGACACCAGGUGUCGGGCACCCGCCUGCGCAUCCCCCAGGUGUCCGCAGCUGACUCGGGCGAGUACGUGUGCCGAGUGACCACGGGUGGCAUCACGCACGAGACGUCCCUCAUUGUCACCAUCCAGACCGGCGCUGGCUCCUCUUACGCUGUGGGUGUCACACCACCCGUGAGGAUUGAGACCUCGUCCGCUGCUGUGACCGAAGGACAGACACUGGACCUCAACUGCAUGGUGGCCGGGCAGGGCCACCCCCACGUCACCUGGUACCGGCGGGGGGGGGCUCUGCCCCCCAACAGCCAGGUGUCGGGCACCCACCUGCGCCUUGUCCAGGUGUCAGUGGCUGAUUCGGGAGAGUACGUGUGCCGGGUCACCCUGGGGAGCACCACACAGGAGGCAUCUGUCAUCGUCACCGUUCCCAGCAGCGCUGGCACCUACUACUCCCCCAGCGCCUCCCAGCCUGUCCGCAUCGAGUCCUCGUCCUCCGCCAUCGCCGAGGGACAGACCCUGGACCUCAACUGUGUGGUGGCAGGAUCUGGCCCCACCACCGUCACCUGGUACAAGCGCGGUGGCUCCUUGCCUGCCGGCCACCAGGUGUCGGGCACGCGCCUGCGCAUCCCCCAGGUGUCCGCGGCCGACUCGGGCGAGUACGUGUGCCGGGUGACCACGGGUGGCGUCACGCAGGAGACGUCCCUUGUCGUCACCAUCGAUGAUGGCGCCAACCCCUCCCACCCCGCCGGCGUCAUGCCACCCAUCCGCAUCGAGUCCUCGGCGUCCUCCAUCACCGAGGGACAGACCCUGGACCUCGACUGCAUUGUGGCUGGCCAGGGCCAGGCCACCAUCACCUGGUACAAGCGUGGGGGAUCCCUGCCCGCCAAGCACCAGAUGUCGGGGUCCCGCCUGCGGCUGUCGCAGCUCUCCGUGGCCGAUUCAGGCGAGUACGUGUGCCGCGCAGACGUGGGCAGCACCUCCCGCGAGGCCACCAUCACUGUCACUGUCACCUCCCACGACAGCUCCAGCUACCGCCUGCAGAGCCCCAUCAUCUCCAUCGAUCCGCACAGCAUGGCUGUGGCCCCGGGUGAGGAUGCCACCUUCAAGUGCCGCAUCCAUGACGGUGCCCGGCCCAUCAAUGUCACCUGGCGGAUGGGGCCUGGCCAACACCUCCAAGACAACGUGAAGAUCAGCACCAACGGCUCCGUCAUCUCCAUCACCGGCGCCCACGCAGGCAACCAGGGUGCCUACCACUGCGUGGCCUCCAACCGCUUCGGCGUCGCCAGCAGCGUUGUCAACCUCCUGGUGCAAGGUGCCCCUACCGUGUCAGUGAUGCCCCCAGGCCCCGUGACAGUGAAGGAGGGCAAAUCCCUCAGCCUGGAGUGCCUGGGCCGGGGCGAGCCACGGCCACUGGUGCGCUGGAGCCGUCUGGGCUCACGGCAGAAGGUGGAGCACCAGACGCUGCUGCACAUGGACAGCCAGGCUGUGCUGCAGCUCUCGCCGGCCAAGCCGGAGCACGCCGGGACCUACAUCUGCACGGCACACAGCGCCCUGGGCUCGGCGCAAGCCCAUGUGGACGUCAGCGUGGAGACUGCACAGAGGCACCCCGGGGCCCCCGAGGUCACCGCGCCGCCCGCUGUCACCGUGGUGGCUGGGGACACCGCCACGCUGCACUGCUCAGCCACAGGCGAGCCGGCGCCCCGGAUCGAGUGGUCGAAGCUGCGGGCGCCGCUGCCCUGGCAGCACCGGGUGGUGAAUGGCAGCCUGGUCAUCCCCCGCGCCGCGCAGCAGGACUCGGGCCAGUACAUCUGCAAUGCCAGCAGCCCCGCCGGCUCCGCCGAGGUCUUCGUCACCCUCGACGUGGAGACGCCGCCGUACGCCACGAGCCUGCCGGAGGAGAGUGCGGUGCACGCGGGCGACGCGGUGCAGCUGCAGUGCCUGGCCCAUGGCACCCCACCGCUGCUCUACACCUGGGACAAGCUCAACGGCAGCCUGUCACCCCGCGCCGUGCCCCGCGCCGGCCUCCUGCGCAUUAUCCCUGUGCUGCCCGCUGAUGCCGGCACCUACCGCUGCCUCGUCACCAACCGCGUGGGCACCGCCGAGACCUUCGCCCGCGUCGUCGUCCACGGUGAUGGUGGCGCUGAUGGCGGCGGUCCCCUGGCCGUGCGGGUGACGCCGGGGAGCCUGGUGAAGGGGGUGGGCAGCACGGCCGAGUUCGCCUGCACCGUCUCGGGGGACCCGCGGGCGCGCCUGGAGUGGGUGAAGGACGGCGGGGAGCUGCCCCCCAGCCACAGCGUGCGGGACGGGGUGCUGCGGAUCCCGGAGCUGGCGCGGGGGGCGCAGGGGGUGUACGUGUGCCGGGCCAGCGCGCCGGGCGGGCAGGCGGAGGACAGGGCCACCCUCACCGUCCAGGCUCUGCCCAGGGCCCUGAUCAACAUCCGGACGGCGGUGCAGACGGUGCUGGCAGGCACGGCAGUGGAGCUGGAGUGCCUGGGCCUGGGCGACCCCCAGCCCCACGUCACCUGGAGCAAAGUGGGGGGCCGCAUCCGGCCGGGGGUGCUGUCUCGUGCCGGCACCCUGACCAUCGAGCGGGUGGAGCGGGCGGACGCGGGGCAGUACCGCUGCACUGCCACCAACGCCGUGGGCACCGUCCAGUCCCACGUCAUCCUCCACGUGCAGGCUGCCCCCCACAUCGCCGGGCAGCCAGAGGUGAAGGAGGUCUCAGCGGGCUCGGUGGCCGUUCUGCCCUGCUUGGCGUCCGGCUUCCCCGUGCCAGAGAUCAGCUGGAGCAAGCUGGAGGGGGAGCUGCCAGCGGGCGCACGGGUGGAGGGCGCGGCGCUCAUGCUGCCGGCCGUGCGACCCGAGGAUGCCGGCGUCUACGCCUGUGCCGCCACCAACCGCCGCGGCCAGGAGACAGCUUUCUACGUGCUGAAGGUCCGAGAGCACCUGGUGCCCUACUUCACACAGACGCCCCACUCCUUCCUGCCGCUGCCCACCAUCAAGGACGCCUACAAGACAUUUGAGAUCCAGAUCACCUUCCGGCCCGACGCCGCCGAUGGGAUGCUCCUCUACAACGGGCAGCGCAGGAGCAGCGGUGCCGACUUCAUCUCCUUCGGGCUGGUGGGCGGGCGCCCCGAGUUCCGUUUUGACGCCGGCUCGGGCAUGGCCACCAUCCGGCACCCGACACCGCUGCGCCUGGGCGAGUACCACACCUUGCGCCUCUUCCGCAACCUCACCCGGGGCUCGCUGGUGGUGGACGGGCUCCCCCCGGUCAACGGGACCUCGCAGGGCAAGUUCCAGGGGCUGGACCUGAACGAGGAGCUGUACCUCGGCGGGUACCCCGAUUACGCUUCCGUGGCCAAGACGGGGCUCAGCCAAGGCUUUGUGGGCUGCGUGCGGCAGCUCCGCAUCCAGAACGAGGAGGUGGCGUUCGGGGAGCUGGACCUGCAGGCGCACGGCGUCGCCAACUGCCCCACGUGCCAGGACCGGCCCUGCCAGAACGGCGGCAUCUGCGAGGACGCCGAGAGCAGCACCUACGUCUGCCGCUGUCCCCACGGCUUCACCGGCAGCAACUGCGAGUACUCGCAGGCGCUGCACUGCCACCCAGAGGCGUGCGGGCCUGAUGCCACCUGCGUCAACCGGCCGGACGGGCAGGGCUACAGCUGCCGCUGCCACCUGGGCAAGUCUGGGGAGAGGUGCACCGAAGGCGAGGCGGUGAGCGUGCCGUCCUUUGGCGGGGCGGGCGCCUUUGUGUCCUACCCGCCCCUCACCAACGUGCACCACGAGCUGCGGGUGGAGGCCGAGUUCCUGCCGCGGGCGCCCGACGGGCUGCUGCUCUUCAGCGCCGGCAAAGCUGCCCCCGUCGAGGACUUCGUCGCCCUCGCCAUGGUCGGCGGCCACCUCGAGUUCCGCUACGAGCUGGGCUCAGGCCCAGCGGUGCUGCGGAGCGCCGAGCCGGUGGCGCUGGGACGCUGGCACCGGGUGAUGGCCGAGCGGGUGCACAAGGACGGGACGCUGGUGGUGGACGGCGGCGCCCCGGUGCAGCGCUCCUCGCCCGGCAAGAGCCAGGGGCUCAACCUGCGCUCCCCGCUCUACCUGGGGGGCACGGAGCCCCCCCUGCAGCCCCCCACCAACGCCUCCUUCCAGGGCUGCAUCGGCGAGGUCUCCAUCAAUGGGAAGAAGGUGGAUUUGUCCUACAGCUUCCUGCGGAGCCGGGGCGUGGGGCAGUGCGGGCAGAGCUCGCCCUGCUUGCACGCACCCUGCCUGCAUGGGGGCCGCUGCCUGCCCCUGCCUGAUGGCAGCCCCCCCUUCCGCUGCCUCUGUUCCCCCGGCUUCAGUGGGCCACGCUGCGAGCGGGCGGAGGACCGGUGCCUGCAGCACAACCCCUGCCUGCACGGCGGCACCUGCAAGGGCAAUGCCUGCAUCUGCCCUGAGGGCUACACCGGCCCCUACUGCCAGCACAGCACGGCGCUGUCAGAGCUGGACCGGGACUGGCAGGAGGGCAGCGGGGGCGGUGAUGCCCCUGGGCAGUUCAGUGCCGCUUUCCGUGACGGCUCCUACCUGGCCCUGCCCGGCCACCUCUUCCCCCGCGGCGCGCCUGACGCGCAGGAGGCGAUCGAGCUGGAGCUGCGGACGGACAGCGCCGAGGGGCUGCUGCUGUGGCACGGGGCGGAGAACGGCAAAGCCAAAGACUUCGUGGGGCUCGGCUUGAAGGACGGGCACCUGGUGUUCAGCUACCAGCUGGGCAGCGGCGAGGCCGUCAUCGUCUCCGAGGACCCCGUCAACGACGGCGAGUGGCACCGGGUGACAGCAACGAGGCAGGGCCGGCGCGGGUGGCUGCAGGUGGACGGUGAGGAGCCGGUGCACGGGGAGUCGCCGGGAGCCAACGUCAUGGCCAACACCCAGGGCAGCAUCUACGUCGGCGGCGCCCCAGACCCCCGCAGUCUCACAGCCGGCAAGUUCCUCACCGGAGUGACGGGCUGCGUGCGGGGGCUGCUGCUGGCAUCCGCAGGGAUCCCCCCGCACCCCAUCGACCUGCGGCAUGGCGCGGUGGGGGGCUCCGCCGCCCCCCCCUGCCCCUCAUAGCCCCCCCACCCCCCAAGAGGCUCGGGGAGAGCAAGUUUUGUCGGAUUUAUUAUUAUUGUUAUUAUUAUUUUCCAAAAAGCCACGAGGAAACGGUGCUUCGCUGCCCUGGGAUGGCUCCGGGGGGGGCCGGGACCCCACAAAAAUGUUUACACCCCCCCCUCGCCCCAAGCCCUGCUGGGGCGGCCGGGCCGCCCGGGUGCCUCCUGGGGUGGCACCGGGGUGGGGGGCGCAAGGGACAAUCCUGGGCGCUGGAGGAGGCACCGGGGCCCCCCCGGUCCCCCCGCGCUGGGACACCCAUUAAAGGAGAGAGAACGA